UUCCUGCGCUGAAGAACUGAAGAUCCGGUGCCGCCGUCUGAUUGCCACUACAGAUCCCAUCAUGCCUCACUCCUUCCAGCAGAAAAAAGCCCAGCAAAUGCUCCUUCUGUGCCAAGGAGCGAAUGGGAUGAGAAAAGAUGGGGAAUCCGCAGUUUGGAGUCACCAGAAACCAAGUUUCCAAGGAUUUGACAAAAUGGCUUGCGCAGCUGACAGCUGCAUACAAUUCACUCGCCACGCCAGCGACGUUCUGCUCAACCUGAACCGUCUGCGCAGCAGAGACAUCCUCACGGAUGUCACCAUCUUGGUUAACAGGCAGCAGUUUCGCGCGCACAAGACCGUUCUCAUGGCUUGCAGUGGGUUGUUUUACACUAUCUUUACUGACUCCCACAAGUGCAACCUUAAUGCGAUCAGCCUGGACCCAAAGGUAGACCCAGAGGGCUUCGCCAUCCUGCUGGAGUUCAUGUACACCUCCCGUCUCACACUAAAGGAAAGUCUGAUCAUGGCGAUAAUGAACACCGCUAUCUAUCUGCAGAUGGACCAUGUUGUGGACACCUGCCACAGAUUUAUCAAAUCCAGUGAUCCAUCUUCCAAGCUGCCUCGAGAUGAGUUUUUGGUCAGUCCCUUGGUUUUACCUCAGGAUGUCCAUGCUUAUCGACCCCAUGAUGUUGUUGACAGUUUGCACGGCCGUGUAGCUCCCUUCAGGGACGGAAGGCCCUACGGCUCAAACAUGUUCAGUGGCGUCAGCACCCCCAGCAACUACCAUCUGUACGGGCAGUUUCCCAUGCCGGGAUUCCCGUUCCCUCUCUGCAAGCUGACCGAUACCAAAAAUGCGUUUGCUGACCUCUCAAAGAGUGGUAUCCACCACAAGCAUUGCUCUCCACACGACGGCGCCAAUGCCAUCAGAGCAGAAUACACCAGGGCGGUGGGCUCCAGCUCCUCCGGCAUCAUUCACUCCACCGCCUACGCCGCCAGAGAGGUAGGGAGAGACGACGAGAUGAGGAAGGAAAGUCACGACGGGCUGGGACAGCCAAUGGGCCUCGGUGCGAGGAAGCGCGCCUUUCCCCUCACCCUGGAGCAGCACAGGGACUCGGGUAAAGAGCACGCGCCACAGGCAGAGGAAGAUCUGAUCCAUCAGCACUACCCUCUGGGAAUCUCUUCAGCCGGGCGCAAGAGCCUCAUGAGCAGCCCGCAGAGCCCCCUCAAAUCAGACUGCCAGCCCAACUCUCCCACCGAGUCCAGCAGCAGCAAGAACGCCGGGCUCUCUCAAGCUACGGGCGUGCAAGCCCCACAAGGCAUGCUGGACCCCAAAGCUCGCAACUGGAAGAAGUACAAAUUCAUCGUGCUGAAUCAGAGCGCGAAGGAGGACGAGGUGGGGCUGAGGGAUCCGGGGCUCCGCUCACCACAGCGUCACAACCUGCAGCCCUACCUCCACCCCAACGACUCCGAGAACCUGGAUCCACAAGCCACAAGCAAGAGCAGCGAUCACAGUGAGGAUCUGCCCGUCCCCCAGGCCAGCCGCCUCAACACCAUCAUUAACCGUGCGCUUGAGGGAUCGCUGAGGAACGGCGAUGGCCACCCCCCACACUACCUGAACCGCCUGAACUGCUCGUCCUGUGGUUCCCAGUCCCCCCAGUCCACCGACGCCUGUGCCAACCCCUCUAGGUCCCGUCUAUCUGAAGACAUGGCUGAACUUCAUUCGGAAUAUUCUGACUCAAGUUGUGAAAAUGGUACUUUCUUCUGUAACGAAUGUGACUCCAAGUUUGCUGAAGAUGAAGCGCUGAAGCAACACAUGCUUCAAGUACACAGCGACAAGCCAUACAAGUGUGACCGCUGUCAGGCUGCUUUCCGCUACAAGGGCAACCUCGCCAGCCACAAGACCGUCCAUACAGGAGAGAAACCGUAUCGCUGUAAUAUCUGUGGUGCCCAGUUCAACAGACCAGCUAACCUCAAGACUCACACUCGCAUCCACUCAGGAGAGAAGCCAUACAAAUGUGAGACGUGUGGAGCUCGUUUUGUACAGGUUGCUCAUCUGCGUGCCCACGUCUUGAUCCACACGGGUGAGAAGCCAUAUCCGUGUGAGAUCUGUGGAACGCGCUUCCGUCACCUGCAGACUCUGAAGAGCCACCUGCGCAUACACACGGGAGAAAAGCCCUACCAUUGUGAAAAAUGCAACUUGCACUUCCGCCACAAGAGUCAGCUCCGUCUGCAUCUUCGACAGAAGCACGGCGCCAUUACCAACACCAAGAUUCAGUACCGCAUUUCCACGGUCGACGUGCCCACUGACUUGACGAAGACCUGCUGAGUUAAGACAAUGAAAACCUUUUCUUUGUUCGUUCCUUUUUUUCACGGAGGCAAUCUUGACUUUGGCAUUUAUAGACCCCCAACUUGUACAAUCAUCCAAAAUUGUAGUGCCACACUGUGUUCAUUAGACAAAUUGGCUGUGUAUGCCAUUCUAAACGGGUUUCCACUACAUGUGAACGUAGAGCCACACAUGGCAUCUUAGUCACUUUAUUGUUUCUAUAUAGAUAUAAAUAUAUAUGUGUAUGUGGGGAGUGUUUUUAAGCUUUGAAGGUAUGUAUAAAAAUCUUUAUUUUGUUGAGAAGGAUGGAAUGUAAACAAUCAGUUUUUGAAAAUACAGUAUUUUAUAUCAGAGAACUUACUUUUCUGAAAGCAUUGAAAAUUUUGAUUGACCGGUGGUACAUAUAUUUUAAGAUAAUGGGAUUUGCGGCUGUAUAGAGUUGUCUAUACAUUUAUAUGUAGAUGUGCAUAAAUGUUGCACCAUGUCAAGUUGCCAUAUUCAUGUAAAAGGGAAGUAUUUAAAAAAAAAAAAAAAAAAUUAGAACAUUGCAAUUGGGGUUUUGUCAAACAUAUCAGAUGACUGUUGCUGUCUGACGAGGAUAUGCAUGAGGCUCUUUCUUUACCAGUUGUCGAUGUGCGUACAUAAAGUGGGCAACUGCUUAAAUAUUGUGAUAAAUUGUGUAAUUAUCUGUUGGAUUGCUCUCUGCUGGCGGAGCCAAUCUUAAGUGUUGAAUUGCAUUUCAAGGUACUGCUUUGUAAUGACCAAGAAAACAUUUUUUGCUUAAACGUGUUUGUAUAGAUGUGACUCUUUUUUUCUGUUUGUUUGGUUUUUAUUUUCAGCAGUGAAGGUUUACAGUUUUUGCUCAUUGUUCUAGAUACAGUAAAGUUGUGUAAAUGUCAAGGUUUUUUUUGUUUGUAGAUACACUGUGUAUUCAAUGUGCCUUUCUCUCUCUAUGGUGACUGAAUUCCUCUCCAUUCAGCCCAGCUCUAUUAAGGUACAACUCAAGGACACCACUUGUCCUACAUCCCAUGUGUGUGUGUGAGUGUGUGUAUAUUUCUAAAUGCUCGUCACCAACCUUUAGAAGAUGCAAAUCUCAUCAUUGUAAAUCUUCAGGACUUGUUUUUGGAUUGGACUUUGUUUUUUAAUUGCAUUAAAAUUAUUGUACGUUAUAGAUGUAUGAAUGUAAAAUAAAGGUAUUGGAUUUCUAUGUA